CGCCGGCCGCCGUGAGCUUGAGGCCGGGGGGCGGCGGACUUGGCGGAGGGCUGUCGCUGCGCCCGGGAGGAGGCAAGCCGUCGGGGCUCUACGUGCGUCCGGGAGCGGAUGGCUCGAGCGCGCAGGAUGAUGGUCCCAAGGGUCCUCGAGUCAAGUAUUCCAGGGACGAGCUGCUGGCGUACCGUGAGAAGUGCGCGGACAUUCCCCCCGAGAUCCUGAACACGGGGGGGGACAUCAUCGCGGGGGGGCGCUCCUCGUCCGCCGGGGCGGAGCCCGACUGGUCCGCGCGCAGGAGCGCGCCGCCGCCCUCGCAGCCGUCGGGACAGCAGGUGAGAGCCGCGGACACACGCAGGUCGGCGCCCCCGCCCUCGCAGCUGUCGGGCCAGCAGGUGAGCCCAGUGCUUGAGUGCGCGCAGCAGGUGAGCCCAGUGCUUGAGUGCGCGCAGCAGGUGAGCCCAGUGCUUGAGUGCGCGCAGCAGGUGAGCCCAGUGCUUGAGUGCGCGCAGCAGGUGAGCACAGUGCUUGAAUGCGCGCAGCAGGUGAGCCCAGUGCUUGAGUGCGCUCAGCAGGUGAGCCCAGUGCUUGAGUGCGCGCAGCAGGUGAGCCCAGUGCUUGAGUGCGCGCAGCAGGUGAGCCCAGUGCUUGAGUGCGCGCAGCAGGUGAGCCCAGUGCUUGAGUGCGCGCAGCAGGUGAGCGCAGUGCUUGAGUGCGCGCAGCAGGUGAGCGCAGUGCUUGAGUGCGCGCAGCAGGUGAGCCCAGUGCUUGAGUGCGCGAAGCAGGUGAGCCCAGUGCUUGAGUGCGCGCAGCAGGUGAGCCCAGUGCUUGAGUGCGCGAAGCAGGUGAGCCCAGUGCUUGAGUGCGCGAAGCAGUUUGCCUUUCUUACCCCCUCUUCUCCUCUCCCUUUUCCCCCUUCUUCCCUCCGUCCUUCCCCUAAAUUUCCGCCAUUCCUUCCCCCAUUCUUUCCCUCCUUCCUUCCCCCCCUCUCCGCCCGCCAGCUGGACGGCCCUGUGGUGCCGAUAGUGAAGGCGGCCAAAUCCUUGGAUGCAAUCCAAGGCGGCCAAUCCGUGGAUGCAAUCCAAGGCGGCCAAUCCGUGGAUGCAAUCCAAGGCGGCCAAUCCCUGGACGGCCCUGUGGUGCCGAUAGUGAAGGCGGCCAAUCCGUGGAUGCCACGUCGCGGCGCCGUGGACGAGAAGGAGAAGGUUCUGCGAACCGUCAAGGGUAUCCUGAACAAGCUCACCCCUGAGAAAUUCGAUGUGCUGCUGCAGCAGAUGCUCGAUUCGGGUAUUACUUCAGCUGACCGCCUUCAGGAGGUCAUCUCUCUGAUCUUUGACAAGGCAGUGGACGAGCCCACGUUCUGCCCCAUGUACGCCGAGCUCUGUGACAAGCUCUCCCACGCGCUGCCGCAGUUCCCGGGACCCGAAGGGUCGGAUAAGCCGGUCACGUUUCGACGCAUCCUGCUGAACACCUGCCAGGAGGAGUUUGAGCAGGCGCUGAAGCUGCGGCAGGAGCUCAAAGGGCUCACCAAGGCGGAGCAGGCGGAGGAGAGGGAGGACGUGCAGCGAAAGGUGAAGGCUCGCACGCUGGGUAACAUCCGGCUGAUUGGAGAGCUGUACAAACAGAAGAUGAUUCCUGAGAAGAUUGUUCACGCGUGCGCUCAGGAGCUGCAAGGGGACAGCAAGACGGAGCCACCAGAAGAGAACAUCGAGGCGCUAUGCCAGCUGCUGUCCACGGCAGGGCGAGGCAUGGAGGAGAAACCCGCCGGCAAGGCCAACCCGGUGCUGCUCAACGCCUACUUCGACCGCCUUAAAGCCCUCUCCACCUCUCCCAACCUCCCCUCUCGCAUCCGCUUCAUGUGCCGCGAUCUGGUCGACCUGCGGUCCAAUAAGUGGGUGCCACGUAGGAAGGAGCUCACUGCCAAGAAGCUGGAUCAGAUUCACGCCGAAGCUGAGGCUACGCUUGGGUUGAGGAAGGGCGCUGCCUCGCUCAGGGUCGGCGCAGUCUCGGGAGCCAUGCCUGGAGGUCCGGGGAUGAUGUUCCCUCCCGGGCCUGGCUGGCCCGGAGGUCCGGGAAUGCCGGGCAUGCCAGGAGGCUUGGUGGGAGGUAUGGUGCCGCCUGUGGAUUUGGAUGGGUGGGAAACGGUUUCGAUUGGUCGGCGUGGGAAGAAGGAUACUGCUGGAGCUGCCGGGCAGGCUCGGCAGGGAGCUGCAGCUGCAGGUUCGGUACCGAUCAUGGGGCCAGGCAUGGGGCUCAAAAUGGGCCCAGGUAUGGGUCCGGGAAUGGGAGGCUCGUCGGCGUUUAUCGGCAAGCCGAGCGCUCUGAUUGGUGCCAAGCCUGCUCCGGUCAGACCAGCCGAACCUGCGGCUCCCAAGCCUGCUGCCGCCCCCGCCCCUGCCGCUGCUAGCAACGGCCCAGCCGCAGCAGCAGCAGCGGCGAAGCCGGCAGCAGCAGCGGCAGUGUCAGGCACGUGGGAUGAUGUGGCUAAGAGAAAGUCUGAGUCUCUUCUUAAGGAGUUUUUCGCUGUGCUGGACCUUAAGGAGGCUCAGCUGUGUAUGGAAGAGCUCGGAUCAAAGGCAUCCCACGAGGUGUCGUCCCGAUUCGUUGAAUUUGCGGCGAAUUUCGCCCUGGAGGGAGGCAAGGAGAGGGAGUGCGUGGAGGUGGGGCGGCUGCUGUCCCACCUGCACUCCAAGGGCGCGUUCGCACACAGCGACAAGGGCGAGAGCGCGCUGACAGCUGGCAUGCUCUCAUUGGCCGAGCAGCUUGAUGACCUGGCACUGGAUGUGCCUCAGGCGCCGCGAUUCCUGGGCGAGUGGCUGGGCGGUUUUGUUGCGGCAGGGGCCGCGGAUUUUGGCUUACUCAAGUCGGUGUGUGAGAUGUCGUAUGACGGGGGGAGGAGGCGGGCGGUGGUGGUGGCGGCGGUCAAGGCGAUUGAGGGGAGCGAGGCGGGGAAGGGGGAGGGGGUGGUGGAGGUGCUGAGGAAAGCAGGGGCGAAGGAGCUUAGUAAGGUGGUGACAGAGGAGGGGAAGGAUGAGGCUGAAGCUAAGAGGCGGCUUGAAGAGGACUUGAAGAAGGCUGGAUUGGCCUUGGAGGUGUUGACCUUGUGA